AUGGCAAAAAAUAUCAGGGGCGAGCUAACCAUCACUCAGCCGGACCCAUUGCAUGACCUCGAGAUUGUGCCACAGAUGGCGAAGUUCCUGCAUAUGAGUACCUCGCAUGAAGUGGAAUUCCUUCGCAAUGCCCUGUUUCCCCCUUUGCUCUGCCAUGCAGCGAAUAGUGGUGACGUCGAGUUGCUCGAGGGACUUCGUGAAAAUGGAGCAAAUCUUUCGGCUGUUGAUUACAGCGGUCGCAGCGCGCUACAUGUAGCUGCUAGUGCAGGGCAUGUUAACGCAGUGAAGUACUUACUAAAGCAAGGUGUUAGUGUUCAUGUACGAGACCGCUGGAACGAGAAUGCUCUUGUGGACGCAGUAAGGACGAAAAAUAAAGUUUGCAUCGAAAGCUUACGAGCGGCUGGCGCUGUGCUAUCUGUUAAUCCACUCAGACUUGGAGUGGAGCUGUGCUUGUGUGCGAGCUGCGGCGAUUCCGAGACACUGGGUUCCUGGCUGGACGCCGGUGCUGAUGUGAAUCAGCCGGACUACGAUGGCCGAACUGCUUUGCAUAUCGCCGUCAAAAUGGGCAAUGAGCAGUUGAUAGGAUAUUUGCUGGAAAGGGGUGCCGACCCGGAGAGCGCCGACCACUUCGGUGUGACGCCGAUGAAGCAGGCAGAGAAAUUCCACUUGAAUGGACUGGUAGAAAAGUUGAAGUACAGCGUGAGGCGUUCCUAG